GUUGGCUAAUAAGGAUGUGACGCGACAAGACAAAUGCUCAGCAGCUCAGUAAAUUCAUUUUCAGUUUUUAAAAGUGCUGUGAUUUUUCUGGAUUUUACCUAUGAUUCUUGCUGAAAAACGUCCUCCUUCCUCACCAGUAUCUGACAUAAAAUGUAUUUGCUGGGGUGUUCGAACAACAAACAGCAUGGAGGUAAAGAGUCUCCAAGCAGAAGAAUAUGACCGAUACAUAGCAUCCCACAGAAGCAUGGCAGCUGCUUAUCUUGAUCCAAACCUGAAUCACACAGCAAGUUCGGGAGCCAAAGCACGUUUGAGUAUGGAACGGUCUCCCGGAGCCAUGGAACGAGUGCUAAAGGUCUUUCACUAUUUUGAGAGUAAUAAUGAGCCCUUCACCUGGGCCAUGAACAUCAGGCAUGGCGACGCAACAGAUGUCCGGGGUAUUAUUCAGAAGAUUGUAGACUGCCACAAGGUGAAAAAUGUGGCAUGUUUUGGAAUUCGACUCAGCCAUGUGCAUUCAGAAGAGAUCCACUGGUUGCAUCCAGACAUGGGCGUGUCACAUAUACGUGAGAAGUUUGAACAGAAUCAUCCAGCAGAGGAGUGGAGAUAUGAGUUACGAGUUCGGUAUUUACCAAAGGGUUUUCUGAAUGAAUUCAGUGAAGACAAGCCAACCUUAAAUUUCUUUUACCAACAGGUCAAGAAUGACUAUAUGUUGGACAUUGCAGAUCAAGUGGACCAAGAUAUUGCGCUGAAGUUGGGAUGCCUUGAAAUCAGGAGAUUCUACAGAGAAAUGCGAGGGAAUGCUUUGGAGAAGAAAUCCAAUUAUGAAUUGUUAGAGAAGGAUGUGGGUUUGAGGAGGUUCUUCCCCAAGAGCCUGUUGGAUUCAGUAAAGGCCAAAACACUAAGGAAGUUGAUACAGCAGACGUUUCGUCAGUUUGCCAAUUUGAAUGAAGAGCAAAGUAUUCUGAAGUUCUUUGAGAUUCUUUCUCCAGUUUACCGAUUCGACAAAGAGUGCUUCAAAUGUGCCCUUGGGUCGAGCUGGAUAAUAUCAGUGGAACUAGCAAUAGGACCUGAAGAAGGGAUCAGCUACUUGACAGACAAGGGUUCCACGCCUACCCAUCUGGCUAACUUCAACCAAGUACAGACCAUUCAGUAUUCAAACAGCGACGAUAAAGACAAGAAAGGCACGUUGCAGUUAAAGAUAGCAGGAGCAUCAGAGCCUCUGAUAAUAACAACACCAUCAUUGAACAUCGCAGAGAACAUGGCAGACUUGAUAGAUGGCUAUUGCCGUCUUGUGAAUGGAAUUAUGCAGUCAUUCAUUAUCAGGUCUCAAAAAGAGGGAGAGAGAGCCUUACCUUCUCUACCCAAGGUAUCAAACAGUGAAAAGCAGGGAUUGAGGACUCGGACGGUCUCAGUCUCAGGAGUGAAUAAUUGCCAACCCAGAGUUAAGAAAGCCAGGCGCUUUCUACUACCUUUCAUCUUCUGUUCUCAUCGCACAGCCAAGGAAGAAAUUAGUGGGGACGAAACCGAUGACUACGCAGAGAUCAUAGAUGAAGAGGACACGUACACCAUGCCCUCCAAGAGCUAUGGGAUAGAUGAAGCCAGGGAUUAUGAGAUACAGAGGGAGAGAAUUGAACUCGGACGCUGCAUUGGAGAGGGACAGUUCGGUGAUGUACACCAAGGAAUUUACACGAGUCCUGAAAAUCCUACAUUGCAAGUCGCCAUAAAGACAUGUAAAAACUGCACUUCAGACAGUGUGACGGAGAAGUUCCUGCAAGAAGCUUUAACAAUGCGGCAGUUUGACCAUCCUCACAUAGUGAAGCUGAUUGGUGUAAUAACAGAAAAUCCGGUCUGGAUUAUAAUGGAGCUGUGUACAUUAGGAGAGUUGCGGUCAUUUUUACAAGUAAGAAAAUACAGCUUAGACCUGGCCUCCUUAAUUCUGUACGCCCAUCAGCUCAGCACAGCGCUCUCUUACCUGGAGAGUAAGAGGUUUGUACAUAGGGAUAUUGCUGCAAGAAAUGUAUUGGUAUCCUCUGUGGACUGUGUAAAGUUAGGAGACUUUGGUUUGUCAAGAUACAUGGAGGACAGCACUUAUUACAAAGCCUCAAAAGGGAAACUACCCAUCAAAUGGAUGGCUCCUGAGUCAAUAAACUUCCGACGGUUUACCUCAGCUAGUGACGUGUGGAUGUUUGGUGUUUGCAUGUGGGAAAUUCUGAUGUAUGGAGUGAAACCGUUUCAAGGAGUGAAAAACAAUGAUGUAAUUGGUAGAAUUGAAAAUGGUGAACGGUUGCCAAUGCCUCCAAACUGCCCUCCAACACUCUACAGCCUUAUGACAAAAUGCUGGGCUUAUGAUCCUAGCCGAAGACCGAGGUUCAACGAAUUAAAACAGCAGCUCAGUACAAUACUGGAGGAGGAGAAGGUGCAGCAGGAAGAACGAAUGAGAAUGGAGCAGAGACGGCAGAUCACAGUCUCCUGGGACUCAGGAGGAUCAGAUGAAGCUCCUCCAAAGCCCAGUCGGCCAGGCUAUCCAAGUCCAAGGUCAAGUGACAGCUUUUUCCCCAGCCCCCAACACAUGGUACAACACAAUCAUUAUCAGGUUUCUGGAUACACUGGUUCACAUGGAAUUUCACCUAUGCCUGGAAGUAUAUAUUCAGCACAGGCGGGAGUUUUAGAUCCCCACGAUACAUGGAAUCACCAUCGGCCUCAAGAUAUCCCAAUCUGGCCACAAAAUAUUGAGGAUUCUGGCACAAUGGAUAUGCGUGGAAUGGGACAGAUGCUCCCAGCGAACGUAAUGGAAGAACGGCUAAUACGACAGCAACAGGAGAUGGAAGAGGAUCAGCGAUGGCUUGAACAGGAGGAGAAGUUUUUGAAACCUGAUCCAAGGUCCUUGAGAAAUAAUGUUGAUCGAGAUGAUGGCGGCCUCCUGGGUCCAACUGGUAAUCAACACAUCUAUCAACCUGUGGGUAAACCAGAGCAUGCCGCACCACCAAAGAAGCCACCUCGACCUGGUGCCCCCACCCAUGGAGGAAGCAUUGCCAGCCUCAACAGCCCAAUUGACAGUUACAAUGAGGGGGUGAAGCCAUGGAGGAUCCAACCACAGGAAAUAAGUCCUCCCCCCACAGCUAACCUGGACCGGUCCAAUGACAAGGUCUAUGAAAAUGUAACGGGAUUGGUAAAGGCGGUGAUAGAGAUGUCCAGUAAAAUCCAGCCAGCUACACCAGAGGAAUAUGUACCAAUGGUGAAGGAGGUUGGAUUGGCAUUAAGAACUUUACUGGCCACAGUGGAUGAAACUAUUCCUUCCCUCCCAGCUAGCACACAUAGAGAGAUUGAAAUGGCUCAGAAGUUAUUGAACUCUGAUUUGGCAGAAUUAAUUGGCAAGAUGAAGCUGGCCCAACAGUACGUAAUGACUACCCUCCAGCACGAAUACAAGAAGCAGAUGCUGACAGCUGCCCAUGCACUGGCUGUGGACGCUAAAAAUUUGCUGGAUGUUAUUGACCAAGCUAGACUGAAAAUGAUCGGAGGGCAGCCUAGACCUCUCUAGCUACGUGAAGCCUGCUCUGUGGGUUCUUGGGAUGAUUGUGUGAUCAAAUCUACCACCAGCAUGUGGAAUCGAAAAGAGCCAAAAAAAACUUUAUCUACAUAAUAUAUAUAUAAAGCAGAGAGUGCUGUUACAUCGUGGAUUCUGGGACACCUGAGGGCUGAGAAUUCUUGCUGCACAGUACAGAAACUGCGGACUGAAAUGUUCCACUGAAAUGAAAUACACUACAGCGAACGAUGUUUAGCUGUAAUACAUCAAUCAAAUGUUGAACAAAGAUGUUAUAUUUUCAGACUGAAGGCAUUUAAGAUAACAUUUUAAGAAACAAAAAAAUCCUUCCUUGUUGCUCCAAUUCUCUAGAGAACGGAGCUUCUGCUGAGUCUCAGCAAACUCUCUGAAGCGAAGCAUUCGUUAAAAGAAAUAGCUGUAGGAUAGAGCUGAGACUGUAUAUCUUUCUUUGAACAAAAACACGUGCCAGUUAUGGAGAAGAAACCUGGUAAAGAUUGCGCUGCAUUUGCAGGCGGAGUGCUGUGUAUUAAUAUUUCUCCUACCAUUGUUUAAUUUCUUUUUUUAAUUUAAAACUAAAGCCAUGUUGACAAUUAAAACCAAUGUAGUUACUAACCAUCUUGUUUGUGGCUUGUCUGGGAGUUUGUUGGAAACAGUAGUACACUGGCGUGGUACAUUUUUUUUUAUUUCCCAUCUGUAUUGCCUGUUCUCUGGAACUCCCUCCUUCAUUUUGAGGUAUAAAUUAUUCUCAGGAAGAAUAUAAUGAACUGUACAGUUACUUGACCUAUUAAAAAUGUGUUAACAAA